AUGGGUCCCGCCGAGGACGUGGCAGCCGACGUGGAGAUUGUCAAGGCUCGUGCAGAGUCUGCUGGCCUCCAUCUGCAGCCCAGAAAGAGCCGCUUCUACAUGCCUCGCCACCAUCCCGCUUCCAUCGCUGCUAUCAAGUCUGUCUUGCCAGAUGCCGUGCGUGAGACGGCCAACACGGGCAUGACGGUCUUGGGAACACUGAUUGGCCGUCACGAGUGGAUGAAGAAGCAGCUGAACGACAAGGCGAAGCACAUUGCUGGCAAGCUCAAUGACAUGCUGACGACCGGUGUCUCGCUUCAGGCCCUCCUCACGGCCAUGCAGUAUGUGCCUAGCCUCAUCAAUCACCUCUACACGCUGCCCCCGAGUCUGACGUCGGGCCUGUCCGAGCUCUUGAACCGUGCUUGCAAGGACACCUUUGUCAAAGCCUUUUUUGCCAAGGUAAACCUGUCUGCACCAGCUGGAGCUGAAGGUCAUGACGUUACGCUGGAACAGCUCCUGGAGGCUCGCAUCUUCACGCGGGCCAACACCGGGGGCGUUGGCCUGCACGACUUGGUUGAGCGCGGUCCGGUGGCUUAUGUCUGCAACAUGGCCAAGCUGGCCACUCGCUACCCUCGGGUCUUCGAUCGACUCUUGGAGGAUGCAUCGAGGGCUGCCGACUUUGAGGUUCACGUACAGCGAGCUGGCUUCCAGAUGGCCACGGUCAAGGACGCGGCCACCCAGCGACCAGCUGAGAUCAUUGCCCUCCGCUCCAAGGCGGUACUUGACGACCUGAUGGCCAAGUGCGCGCUGGACCUGCAGCAGGCAUAUCUGGCCUCAUGCGAGUGGGGCGUCAGCACUGUCUUGACCAUGCGGGGUCGAGACAGGUUACGUCGAUUGAGUGACACGACCUUUGCCAUUGCGGUCGUGUCCAUGAUGGGUUUUGGCCUCCAUGAACUCAUCAACGUCAAGCCGACGGACAAGUACGCCACCCUCUCCCAUGUCUGGGUGGAAAAGUCUGGCUACAACGCCAAUGGUCAGAGCUGCCGCAUCGACCUGCACUGCCGCAACUAUUAG